UCUGCUCAUUACGAGAGGAGCUGCCGGUUUAAUACUUUGGAAGCAUACCCAUGACAGUAACUGAGAAAUGCUGAGUUCUGUAAUAGUCCCUUUUUUAGGUUUUAGGACUGUACAUUAAGGAAGGUAGAUUAUACGUUAGCCGAACCGUUUUCCUUUUUGAAAACCAAGAGUGGUGCUUUUUAUAGGUAAAGAUUCUAAUGGCAGAAGCGUCACAUCAUACGCACCUGGCCGAAAACAUUUUUAUAGCACUACCAGGAAAGAAAACACGCUCGUACACUGGUGGUUGUAGAGGCCCCUUUUGAAAAUGAGCCUUCAUUACAGCUCAGGGUAGCAUUCGGAACAGAAAUCUUUAAGGAGUUCUUUGUUCGGUGAUGUUCGUUGGGCAGGAAGAAUUGUAAAUUUGUCUUUUACUGGCGUCUCCGAACCUGCUUUUCAAAACUAGCUUGUCUCAGAAACGACUUGAGUUGGAAUUUCCUUUUCCUCUCCAGGAGGAACGAGACCCAUCCCUUAACCGAAAUUCUUGAUGCUAGUGUGUAGUGUGUUUUUGACCUCAGAAAUCUGGAUUUUAUCUUUAGAUUUUAGGAAGAGUAAGGUGUUUAGAUGAGAAACAACACCCCCAGCAGAGUCGGGGCAGCAUCCUGUAGUCCAGCAGUAGUUAUCUGUUCAGCCAUAGAUGUGAAUUAAUGGAGAUCUAAAUAGCCUCAGGUCAGGUUUUGCCACCAAUAAGGUAUUAUGCCAAACUUGGGAACGUUUCUUUCAUUUUCAGAGGUUUCUGAUUUGAGAACUGCAGUUAAAAGAUUUGUGGACCUGUAAUCGCCAUUGUAAAAGCUGACAUUACUUGAGUUUUGCUAUGUGCCAGAUAAUGGCUAACAGAUUCCUCAUACAGGUCUCACAGCAAAUCUGUGAGGUGGAUACUAUUUUUGUCUGCUUUUAUCUCUGAAGUUUGGAUAGUUCAACUUGUCCAGAGCCAGCCAGUGAAGACCUACAGUUAAGAAAAUGUCUGAUGAAUUUUCAUUGGCAGAUGCGCUACCUGAACAUUCCCCUGCCAAAACUUCUGCUGUGAGCAAUACAAAACCUGGCCAACCUCCUCAGAGCUGGCCGGGGUCCAACCCUUGGAAUAAUCCAAGUGCUCCACCUUCUGUGCCAUCUGGACUCCCUCCAAGUGCAACACCCUCCACUGUGCCUUUUGGACCAGCACCAACAGGAAUGUAUCCCUCUGUGCCUCCCACUGGGCCACCUCCAGGACCCCCAACACCCUUUCCUCCUUCUGGACCAUCAUGCCCCCCACCUGGUGGUCCUUAUCCAGCCCCAUCUGUGCCAGGCCCAGGCCCCACUGGGCCAUAUCCUACACCAAAUAUGCCCUUCCCAGAGCUUCCACGACCAUACGGUGCACCCACAGAUCCUGCUGCAGCUGGUCCGUUAGGUCCAUGGGGAUCCAUGUCUUCUGGACCUUGGGCACCAGGAAUGGGAGGGCAGUAUCCUACCCCUAAUAUGCCAUACCCGUCUCCAGGGCCAUAUUCCACUCCUCCUCCUCCCCAAGCACCAGGAUCAGCACCACCUGUUCCAUGGGGCACUGUUCCACCAGGAGCCUGGGGUCCGCCGGCAUAUCCUGCCCCUGCAGGAUCAUAUCCCACACCAGGACUCUAUCCCACUCCCAGUAAUCCUUAUCAAGUGCCUUCAGGACCUUCUGGUGCUCCACCCAUGCCUGGUGGCCCCCAUUCUUACCAUUAAGUUAACAAUGGAUGAAGAGAUGACGCUUUGCUUUUUGAAGUACAUGUAUAUGCAAUGAAUGCAUAUAUAAAAAUUGCUGGUUUCACUAUUCUUAGAGGGCAUUCAUGAAAGAACAACUUUUGAACCUCUCAGAAGAUAUCUGCCUCUUUUACUUGGAUGUAUAGUACAUCUGAUGGAUACAAUCACAAAAAAAUGUAAAAGUAAAUCAUCCAAAUGUGAUUUUUAUUCGGUUUUUAUGAAAAGUUAAAAUGGUAAAGUAUAUUGACAGCUCUUUGAUACAAUUUAAAAGAAAUUCUUGAUUUGUUUAAAUUAUGAAACUUCAUGCUUACAGAUCUAAGAUGAUGUGGAUUAUUGUUAGAAUCUGCAACCUCAUUGGCAAAUUAUUUUAAGUAUUUUUCUAUAACCAUUUUUCCCCAAAAUAAACACACUUUAGAAACAA